AUGGCGACCACCAAUCUCUCCAAUUCAUCUCAUGUAGAUGAGAAAGCGUCCGGAAGACAAAUAGCCGAGGGAGGUGAGGGUCAGAAAUACAGUCACCAUGAAGACGUUACGGUGAAUUCCUACGUGGAUGAGGCAGGGGAGCCUGAGAACGCACGUCCAAUGACCUUUCGUCGAUUCAUGGGGUUCACGGCGAUGGCGUUUCUGUGGACGGGCAGUCAGAUUCCGGUAUACCUCUUCGGGGGCAUCCCACCGCACAUCUACGCUGAUAUUGGUGGGUCUGAUCGGUGGGUUUGGUUUGUUCUUGCGAAUCUAUUAGCACUGUCUGGGGUCUGUCCUUUCGUCGGGUCGCUGUCGGAUCUGAUCGGUCGUCGCUAUGUUGCCAUCAUCGGGGCUACUCUCGUCUGCAUUGGCAUGAUCGUGUGCAGUACCGCUAAUACUAUGAACAUUUUCAUUGGUGGAAUGGCGAUCGCCGGAGCAGGAGCAGGGGUCAAUGAAUUGACCGCACUGGCUGCUACGUCGGAAAUGGCGCCAACCAGACAGCGAGGCAAAUAUGUCGCCGUGCUGAUCUUCACCAUUGUGCCCUUUUGUCCAUCCGUUCUCUGGGCCCAACUUAUUUCAUCACACAGUGGUUGGCGCUACGUUGGUGCGUUCUGCGGCGCCUGGAGCGGCUUUGGCUUGCUCAUCACAACCCUGUUUUACUUCCCGCCUCCCAGAACCAACUCAGAAGGAUUGAGUAGACGGGAUAUCCUCUCUCGAGUGGACUAUGUUGGUGGAUUCCUCAGCAUAGUUGGUUUGAUUCUUUUUAUGGCCGGCAUGCAAUGGGGUGGCUAUCAAUACGACUGGACAUCAGCCCAUGUGCUUGUCCCACUUAUCCUUGGAUUCGUUAUCCUAGUUGCAUUUGGCCUCUGGGAAGUAUACGGCGCCAAAUACCCCAUUUUCCCUAGUCGGUUGAAGCAGGAACCACGCACGCUGGGCUUAACGCUGGUGAUCACAUUCAUCUCCGGAGCGAACUUCUUCUCGGUAAUUAUGUUCUGGCCCACUCAGUCGUUCAAUGUCUAUGGUCACGACCCCGUGGACGUCGGUGUUCGAAGCCUGCCCAUUGGAUUCGGCAUCAUGGGCGGUGCAUGCAUCGUUCUCUGGCUACUGAGUGUCCUCCGAGGACACAACAAGGAGUUGUUGAUUAUCAGCAGCAUCUUGAUGACUGCAGGCUGCGGCGCAAUGGCAGUCGCACGACCCGACAACCUCUACCAACUCUGGGGCAUCCUCACCGUCGCGGGCCUCGGAAUCGGAGGAAUCGUCGUCCCAGCAUCAAUCAUGACCACCAUCAUCUGCCCAGACGACCUAAUCGCCACCAUCUCAGCCCUCACGCUCUCCAUCCGCGUCGUAGGCGGCAGCAUCGGCUACACAAUCUACUACAACGUGUUCAUCUCGAAAUUCAUCCCCAACGCAACACACUACAUCGGCGGCGUAAUGGUCACAAAGCUCAACAUCACCGACCCGAUCCUCAUCGAGCACGCCAUCGAACUCACCGGCGCCUCGCUACUCGACCAGCUCCACCACCUCCCGGGCAUUAAUGGCAGCGAGGCUGCGUACCAAGCGGUCGUGGUGGCCGGGCAGAUGGCCUACGCGGAGAGCUAUAAGUGGGUUUAUUAUGCUAGUAUUGGGUUCGGGGGGGUGUCGAUCCUCGCGGCUUGCUUUUUGGGGAAUAUUGGUGAUUAUAUGGAUGAUCAUGUUGCUGUUGUUAUUUGA